AUGGCCUUUAGUGAUUUUGCUGCCAUAUGCUCGAAGACCCCAUUACCACUAUGCUCUGUGAUAAAAUCCAAAACUCAUUUGAUACUAUCGAACUUGACAGUCAUACAUAAUUUUGAUCCGUUGAAUCUAAAUGUAGGUGUACUUCCACGUUGUUAUGCUCGAUCGAUUGAUCUCGCUAAUACAGUCAUUUUUGAUGUUGGGAACGCAUUCAUCAAUAUUGGUGCACUAGGUGUCAUUUUGAUUAUACUUUAUAAUAUAAGGCAGAAGUACACCGCUAUUGGCAGGUCUGAGUAUCUUUACUUCUUCCAACUGACUUUGCUAUUGAUAAUAUUCACUUUGGUAGUGGAUUGCGGCGUAUCUCCUCCUGGUUCUGAGUCAUAUCCAUACUUCGUGGCUAUACAAAUAGGAUUUGCUGGGGCAUGUUGCUGGGCUUUACUGAUAAAUGGGUUUUUGGGUUUCAAUAUCUGGGAAGAUGGAACUACAAAGUCCAUGCUGCUCGUUCGUGGAGCAUCCGUAUUGGGGUUCAUAGCUAACUUCUUAGCGUCUAUUUUAACUUUCAAAGCAUGGAUCGCUGAUCACAAAGUAGCCACCAUGAAUGCUUCAGGGAUGAUCGUCGUCGUCUACAUAAUAAAUGCCAUUUUCUUAUUUGUUUUCGUUAUUUGUCAAUUACUGGUUUCAUUAUUAGUGGUUCGAAACCUGUGGGCCACAGGCGCAAUCAUUUUGGGAUUGUUUUUCUUCAUAACGGGACAGGUAUUGGUUUAUGCCUUCUCCACACAAAUAUGCGAAGGGGUCAAGCAUUACUUAGAUGGCUUGUUUUUUGGAAGCAUCUGUAACAUCUUUACAUUGAUGAUGGUUUACAAGACCUGGGAUAUGACUACCGAUGAUGACCUGGAAUUUGGGGUAAGCGUGAACAAGGACGGCGACGUCGUGUAUGAUAAUGGAUUUAUGUGA